AUGGAGACAGACCCACGUUCUCACAAAAGAUCUCAGCCGCAGGCGGAGGAUGCGGGCAUGCAACUCACAGACGAAGCUACACUCUUUGCCAGUCCGCUUCCGAUUGUAGGUGCGAGAAAGACAACAACAAGGAAGGAAGUCUGGUCAUGGUACCUUUACUACGUCGGAAACUCGGGUCUCGGUCCUUUCAAUUUUGCAAUCUCGGCAUGGCAAAAUCUCCUUUACAAUGCAGGUUGGGAUCCAGCUUACCCAAGAGGGACUAUGCCUUGUGGGGAUGGAGGCACUGCGUUGUACAUCCUUGGUUUGAUAGGAUACCAAGGAGCUCUGACGUUCUGGACAGCAGCGUUUCCUGGGUUAGCUCGUGACCUCCCGGAAAUCAAAGAAAGCGAGGAGAGAUUGGCGAAAGGUCAGACCGACCAAAAAUCUCAUGAUCAGAAGGAUAUGCUUGCUCUCCUCUGUGCGAUACCGUGGUUGCUCUUUGAGCAGUAUCGACCUGGGAAUCAGCUUCCACCACACACCAGUUAUAUCACCGUAGGAGUAAAGCAGAUCUACCACGCUUUCCGGCUUUGUCUCCGACUCAAGCAGACUUUUAUUUACUUGGCCGCUUAUUUCUUCUUGGGGGACUGUUUGAACACUGUCGUCAUCGCCACAUUGCAGAAUGAAGUUGUGUCAUAUGACACAAAGUUCUUGAAUUACCUCCUGAUUGAUGGUAUCGCUGCACAAGCACUGGGCAUUGGAAUUUUCUGGCUCGUCCAGAAGCGCUACACGAUACCGACCAAAACCAUGUUGCUCUUUAUCUUUGUCUGUCCUUGGUAUGCAAUUUCGCAAGCGAUGAUUUCAGAAGUCGUGCCUCGCGGUAAAGAGUCCCGCAAAGAAUGUAGAAAGUACUUGGAGGACGAGGCGAUGAGGGUAUAUGGUAUGAGCUCCGCAGAAGUUCUGGCGGUGAAUAAUGGAUAUGGGAUGGACGGGGUGCGAUCGGUGGCUGUUGGAGAGGACAAGAAUUGA